UGCGGCAUGUCGUCAUUUGCCAAGCAACGACUGAUGUUUGGAGAUGUGACCAGCUAUGUCGGUAGAGCUAGCAGCACCUAUCCACACACACUAGCCAAUUGAUAUUGCCAACUGGGAUUCCUCUAUUUGCCAAAAUGGAUUCGGGUACUUUCUUUGAUUGUCUGACACCUUAACGCAAAUCUGGCGCGUUUAGAAAUAUUUUAGUAUGGGGCAUUAUAACAAGCCAAGCUAGUUAAGCUAGCUAGCAAGCUAGUUUCAGGAAGCUCCAGACCCAAGAUCGAAAAUGCAAGCUAGCAGCUAGCCAGACGACGUGUUUAUCUAGUUAGACAAAACUGGGCGGAGGGGUUUUAUCAACUACUGUAGUUUAAGCAAGCCUUGUGGCCUGAAACGUUCGAACUAACUCUUCGGGUUGGUUGUAACAGAACGGGGAAAAGGUCGGUCGUAUAGUUUAAGCAAGCCCUAAAGCAAAAGUGAGAUAACGUUAAACUGUUUAGCUUCCUAGCUCGCUAGCUAAUCUACAUUAGCGGCUAUCUGGAUUUGACGCACUGCUAGCCGGCUGAUAUGGCCACUGCCUCUGGGUCUUGUGUAGGGAUAAACGGGUCAAUAAAUGGUUCCUCUGUCUCCACCACAACCUCGGGGGCACCUGGACAGUCACAGCCUAUGGUCGUGGUAUGGGAAUGGCAAGAUGAUCUUGGGUAUUGGAGACCGUAUAGUGGCCAGGUGAGCGGCUACAUCGAACAAUACUUCUCCUCUCCGAGGGGACACAGAGGUGGGGGACCUGGUUCCACCAGCAUCUGCCUCGGACAAUCAGACCCCAGCUUGUCGCCUUAUCUCAUAGAUAUACCCAGCCUAAAACAGUUCCGCCAGGAUACAGGAAAGACGCGGUCUGUACGUCGUACACUAUUUGCCCAGUCCUCUGGCCUUGGCAGUGGUGUCUUCUGGGAGUGGGCCAAUGACGAAGGAGGCUGGACCCCAUACGAGACUCGAACCUCAAUCCUAUUAGAGCAUAGCUACCAGGCCCGGCAGGCCACGGCCGACCUGGCUUCUCAUGGCUAUAACUACAUAGUGGACCUCACAGCUCUGGCCCAGGUCAACAAGGGCACAGGUUUUAGACGGCAGGUGCGUCGGCAGGGGAACCUCCCAUACCCACUAGCCUUGGCCCCCUCGGUCAUUCACUCUGGCCCUGCCUGCUCCUGUCAUCAGUGUCUGAGCCACAGCAGCACAGGCCCAAUGCCCAGUCGCUCGCGCCACUCCUUCUCCUCAGGGCAGCUCAGCAGGCCCAGCCUCCAGGGCCAGGGUAGGGCUACUGGAGCCCACCCCACCUCUGUGUAUUCACCGUAUCCCAGAAGGCCCCUGUCGGUCGGGGGAAUGGCUUGGGGAGGUCCCUGGCCCCCGACACCCUCUGGUCAUCUACAUGGAACGCCCCUGUCCUACCCGAGCAGUAGUGCCAAUGGCUUGAGUGUCCCUGCCAUCCCAGUGCAGCUGAAUGGAUCCACCAGCGUGAGCUCAGCCUUAGCAGGCAUGGCCUCCAUUUUGAUGUCAGCAGUGGGGCUCGGAGUUCGCUUCACCAGUGCCCCCCUCCCCCAGCAACAGCAAGCUCCUCCUCUCUUCCCCCACACCAACAGCACCAGCAGCAGCAGCAGCAAAAACCCCAGCAACAGCUCCGUUAGGAGGGCAAAGAGGCAGCACAGGACAGCCACGGCUCAGAAACCAGAGGAGGUGAUUCACCGCUACAUGGAGGAAGUAGCCUCGGCCCAGGAUGAGGACUGCAGCAUCUGUAUGGACCGCCUGUCCUGUCCGUCAGGCUAUGACACCGCCUCCGAGGGCGGGGGCCCGUCCAUCCCCCCCGCCGCCGUGGGGAAGUUCACCAAGUGCGGACACACCUUCCACAUGCUCUGCAUGCUGGCCAUGUAUAACAACGGAACCAAGGACGGUAGCCUCCAGUGCCCUUCGUGCAAGACAAUCUACGGGGAGAAGACAGGGACUCAGCCCAAGGGAAAGAUGGAGAUCUACAGCCUGUCCCAGUCCCUCCCCGGCCACCCGGACCACGGCACCAUCCAGAUCAUAUACAGCAUACCCCCUGGAACACAGGGUCCAGAGCACCCUAACCCAGGUCAGCCCUACACCUGCAGAGGCUUUCCACGCUUCUGUUUCCUUCCAGACAACAACAAGGGUAGAAAGGUACUGGAGCUGCUGAAGGUGGCGUGGACCCGCCGCCUCAUCUUCACUGUGGGAACCUCUAGCACCACAGGCGAACGUGACACAGUGGUGUGGAACGAGAUCCACCACAAGACAGAGAUGAUGUCCAACGUGUCGGGCCAUGGCUACCCGGACCCCAAUUACCUGGACAAUGUCCUGUCAGAACUGGCCUCUCAAGGGGUGACCGAGGACUGUCUCACCAAACAACCGGGAUUCAACCAAGCAGCACAAGGCUCCGGAUUCUAAAAAAACAACACCUAUAUUCAUAUACAUUCUGCAUAUAUGAAUCAUGUAUGUUCAUACAUUGUAUGACUUGAUAAGGGAUAAACAAACUAGUCACAUUGCAUUGUAUUGUACCGGUUCAAUUUUGGUUGCAUGCCGAAUGCGAUCUUAGUCUUAUAGAUCCAGGGAUGUUAGUGGGGGAACUCAAAAAACUUGUUUUAAAGGAGACAUGAUAUGCUGUUUUUGGAUGCUUUUAUAUAGGCCUUAGUGGUCCCCUAAUACUGUAUCUGAAGUCUCU